UUGAGCAAGACUGGAGAGCUGGGAAUGCAGCCACAGCUGCCACCUGAAGCUGUCAGAGAGCUGGUGAGCUCCUGCCUGCACAGAGACCCCGUAGCAGCAGAUCUCCGCUGCAGUCUGUUUGUCGCAGCUGCAAAGAGCUACAAGAGGGACUCCUUGCUCAGACCCUUCCCUCCUCUUUACAUUAGCGGCGACAAUAAGGACUUCGAAGAGCUGCUGGCCGACGUGAACUCACUUCCUGGCGUGAGAGAGUUGGUGAGACUACGACCUGGAGAGGGAGGUCAUCAUUUGGCUCUGACACACUGGAUUCUGUCCUCUAAGAGUUUUGCCGUAAAGACGCUACAGAAGGAUGAAUAUGCCAAAAUUUGUGACCUGACGGAAGACGAAGGGAUUUCUGCUCCUGUCCCAGACUUCCUCUUCGAGCUGGAGUACUCUGAUCAUGUCAAUGCCAGGUUUGAGAAAAUGAGAGAAGGACGAGAGGUGUUCUACGCAUUCCACGGGAGCCGACUGGAGAACUUUCACUCAAUCAUUCACAACGGACUACACUGUCACCUCAACAAGAACUCUGUGUUUGGGGAGGGGACCUACCUCACCAGUGACCUCAGCAUGGCUGUGCUCUACAGCCCCCACAGCAGCGGCUGGCAAGAAAGCAUCCUGGGACCGCUGCUGAGCUGCGUCGCCCUGUGUGAAGUCAUCGAUCAUCCAGAUGUGAAGUGCCAGGUGAAGAAAAAAGAUUCUGAAGUCAUAGACCGGCAGCGCUCACGAGCCAAGAACAGCGAAGGAGGGGACGUGCCACACAAGUACUUCAUAGUCACCAACAAUCAGCUUUUACGAGUCAAGUACCUGCUUGUUUACUCCCAGAGGAAGCACCUGUCCAGGCAUUCCCGCAGCAGCUCGUGGCUCCUGCGGCACCAUUUUGCCAUCAUGAUGAGCCUCUACCUUCUGCUGCUCAUAUUCAUCGGUGCCUUGAACUCCAGCGCCUUCCUGUCCUUCUGGAACAGACUGCUGAGGUGA